AUGAAGAGAUCACAUAGCGCCAUGGCCAACAGUCAGGAGGGCCCACCUCCACCUCCACUGCAAGACGUGCCUACCGCCAAGGAGAAGAAGUACGAUCGGCAGUUGAGACUUUGGGGAACUGCUGGCCAAAUCGCUCUUGAAGAGACACACAUCCUCCUCAUCAACAACGGCUCCGGCGUCACUGGCGUGGAAGCACUCAAGAACCUCGUACUACCCGGCAUCGGCCACUUCACCAUCCUCGACUCUGGCAUCGUCUCGGAAGCAGAUCUCGGCGUCAACUUCUUCCUGCAUGAUGCAUCGUUGGGCAAAUAUCGCGCUGAAGAGACGGUCAAGCUGCUGCAAGAGCUGAACCCAGAUGUCAAGGGACAUGCCAUUACAGAGCCAAUCGAGACAUGGGCAUCGAAUCAGGAUGCCCUCAAGCCAUACACUCUCAUCGUCGUGGCGGCACCCAUCGAUCCUGCUAUCCUCUACAACAUCCAGAACGCGUCAAUUGGCGUACCAAUCUUCUACAUUCACUCCGUCGGGUUCUAUUCGCAGUUCUCUGUCAGUCUGCCGCCGGACUUCCCAAUCGUCGACACCCAUCCCGAUCCCACCGCCACGACCGACCUACGACUGCUCACGCCAUGGCAGGCUCUUUCAGAUUUCGCGAGACAACAGACUACGAAUAUGGACAAGAUGAACGGAGAGGAGUUCGCGCACAUUCCCUACGUGUGCUUGCUGCUGCACUACCUCGAAGAGUGGAAGACAACACAUGCUGGCAAGCUGCCACUGGAGUACAAAGAGAAGACAGAGUUCAGGAAUCUGGUCCGGACAGGAAGUCCCAGCGAAGAGAACUUCGACGAGGCAUGUGCUGCCGUGCUCAAGUCGCUGAACCCGCCGACGCCGGAACGCAAAGUGCUCGAGAUCUUGAAUGCACCAGAAGCUCAACAAAUCACAGUAACAUCUGCUCCAUUCUGGGUCAUUGCGAACGCAGUAUCGCAAUUCUACCAGCAGCACAACGAACUUCCGCUGCCAGGUGCAGUGCCUGACAUGAAGGCUAGAUCCAACACCUACAUAGAGCUCCAAAACAUCUACAAGGCCAAGGCACGAGAGGAUGCGAAUGAGGUCCUCAAGAUUGUGCGGCAGACCGAGCAACGUGUGGGUCGUUCGGUUGCGAUCGACGAGAAAGAGGUCGACAACUUCUGUAAAGGCGCCGCACACAUCGCUCUCGUCCGCGGCUCGCCAUUCAAGAUCGCACAAGCUGGCAAGGCCAUCUCUUUCGGUGGCCGUGCCAAGGGCUUGACAAACCAGCUACAAGACCCCGAGAGCAUGAUCCACCUCUACCUCUCCUUCCAGGCCUGGGAUGAGUUCGUAGCUUUCCACACUACCAUAGCGAAGGAGAUCGGCGGAGAAGGUCUGAGGAUUCCGGGCGCUGGCGAAGCCGUCGACUGGGAAGAACACGCCUUCAAUCUUUUCGAGCUUGCCAUGAGGCUCAUGGACAAUAUCAUCAACCAAGCUGGUACCCGAGUCGAGAGCCCACGCUACGAUCAAGUCCACGAGAAGAUCAGGAAGACCUGUACGGAGCUUGCUCGUGCUGGUGGUGCUGAGCUGCACAAUAUCGCUUCUCUGAGUGGUGGACUCAUUGCUCAAGAGGUGAUCAAGGUCAUCACAAAGCAGUACGUGCCCAUCAACAAUACUUGCGUGUUCGAUGGCAUUACGAGCAAGACUGGGGUCUUUGAGAUUUAG